CGUCUCAGCAGAGGACACUGAGCCUUGUGACCACCAUGCAGUGGACGGCGCCCAGAACCUGGGCACUCCUUUGGACACUCACCUACGCUCUUCAAGUGGACACCAAGCUUGUCCGGAGUUACGAUCAUGUCAAGAGCAUCUGUAGCAUGUGGGGCGGACAUCACUACAAGACCUUUGACGGGGAUGUCUACCAGUUUCCAGGGAUGUGCGACUAUAACCUGGCUUCUGAGUGCCAUUCGUCCUUUCAGGACUUCUCUGUCCAUGUGAAGAAAAAGAUGGACGAUAAAGGCAAGAUCACAGUCAGCCAAGUCACAGUGACCAUCAAGGACCUGCCUAUUCACCUGACCAAACAGCUGAUUAUGGUCGGGGGAGAAAUUGUCUCCACUCCCUACCAUGUGUCCGGAGUCUUGAUCAAGGAAACCUCUGCGUACACUAACCUCCACUACAAGCUGGGCCUCAGUGUCAUGUGGAACAGAGAUGAUGCUGUCAUGGUGGAGCUGGACUCCAAGUACUCCAAUCGCACAUGUGGCCUUUGUGGAGAUUACAAUGGUGUCCCAAUCUACGAUGAGUUCAUUCACCAAGGGCGUCACAUUGGUGCUAUCGAGUUUGGCAACAAGCAGAGAAUCCACAACCCAAACGUGGAAUGUGAGGAUCCUUAUGAGGAGGAUAUAGAAGAAGAUGAACAGCAGCAUCAGCAGCAGCAGGACUUAUGUGCGGAAGCUCAAACCAGCUGUGCCCGGCGUCUCCUCUCUUCCGCCUGGGCCUCCUGUGCCAGCGUGCUGGACCCUGGCCCCUACAUCAACGCCUGCACCAUGGACCUGUGCCACGAGGCCCAGCCAGCGGACGGGUCCUCCAUGUGUGUCACUCUGGCCGAGUAUUCCCGCCAGUGCUCCCACGCCAGGGGCACCCCGCCGAACUGGAGGACAGACAGAUUCUGUGCCAUAACGUGUCCCUACAACAUGGUGUACUUGGAAAGUGGAUCCCCUUGCAUGACCACCUGCACACACUUGGAGUCCAACUCUCUGUGUGAGGAGCACAACAUAGAUGACUGCUUCUGCCCUGAAGGGACUGUGUUUGACGACCUGUCUAAAAGAGGAUGCAUCCCAAAAGAGCAGUGUCAGUGCAAACAUGACAGAAUCUACGAUAACGGGGAGGUGCUGCGGACAGACACUGAGGAAUGUGCUUGCCACGAGGGCCGCUGGUCAUGCAAAAGCCAUGCCCGUGCAGGGACAUGUGCGGUGGAAGAGGGGUCCCAUGUCACCACCUAUGAUGGCAAAACAUACAACUACCAUGGAGACUGUUUCUAUGUGCUCUCCAAGGACUGUGUGGAUUCAAAGUUCUCCAUUUUGGGAGAGUUGGCACCAUGUAGUUCCCAGGACUGGGACACCUGUCUUAAGAGGGUAGUUUUGAGAUUGCUGGGGGACAAGAAAAAUGACAUUGUCAUCCAGGCUAAUGGUAAAGUGCAGCACAAUGCAGAGGUCAAUUUGCCCUACAGCAAUGGCGAUGUGACCAUCUUCCAGCCGUCUUCCUUCCACAUCAUCUUGCAAACCCACUUUGGGCUUCAGCUACAGAUCCAGCUGGUUCCCAUCAUGCAACUGUACAUAUCUCUGGAUGAGAGCUUUAAGACCAAGACCUGUGGUCUGUGUGGAAACUACAACAUGGUGCUGUCUGAUGACCUGAGUAGUCCACAGGGUAUGGUGGAGGGCACUGCAGCUUCUUUUGCUAACUCCUGGAAGGCCCAGACCAGCUGUGCGGACACCCCAGACAGACUGGAGGACCCUUGCUCACUCAGUGUUGACAAUGAAAAGUUUGCUGAGCACUGGUGUUCUUUGCUCAAAAUGAAAGAGUCCAAUUUUUCAAAAUGCCACUCAGCUGUGAACCCAGAAAUCUACUACAAGAGGUGUAAAUACGCCAGCUGCACCUGUGAUAAGAGUGAGGAGUGCUUGUGUGCUGUAGUCUCCUCAUACGUGCGUGCCUGCGCCACCAAAGGAAUCUUCCUGCUUGGCUGGAGGGAUACUGUGUGCAACAAGUACACAGAUCACUGUCCGGCCACUCAGACCUUCUCCUACCAGCUUCAAGGCUGCCAGCGGACGUGCCGCUCCCUGAGCUCUGAUCGCCCGGCCUGCUCACCCGACUUUUUGCCAGUGGACGGCUGUGCCUGCCCCGAGGGCCUCUACUUAGAUGACUCUGGCAUGUGCGUUCAAAUGAACAAAUGUCCCUGCCUGCACAACGGAGACUACAUCAAGCCUGGCAAGUCCAUCACCGUAAAGGAAGAGCACUGCGUGUGUACCAAUGGGAAGCUUCACUGUAGAUCUUGGAGAAUACUGCCGAGGGGCUGUCCCACUCCCAUGGUCUUCUUCAACUGCUCGGCCACAGACAGCAGUGACACAGGGAUGGAGUGUGUCAGGACCUGCAAGCAUCGAGAUGUUGAUUGUAUCUCUGCGGAGUGUGAAUCUGGAUGUCGGUGCCCCGAUGGUCUACUGGAAGACGGCAGGGGCCACUGCGUGCAGGAGCACGACUGCCCAUGCCACCACGACGGGCACUACUAUGCCUCAGGCUCUCAGAUCCCAGUGAAAUGCAACAACUGCACUUGCUAUAGCGGAAAAUGGAUCUGCUCAAACAAUGUUUGCCCAAGCACCUGCACUAUCUAUGGAAGUGGGCAUUACCAGACCUUUGAUGAUCAGAGGUUUGGAUUCAAUGGAGAAUGUGGCUAUGUAGCUGUACAGGACAGGUGUGGGAGCCCAUCUGGCAAAUUCCAUGUGAUCACUGAAAAUGUACCAUGUGGAACCACUGGAACCACUUGCUCGAAAUCUGUCAGGAUUGUUUUAGGGAGAACAGAACUGAAACUGUCUGAUGGGACAUAUGAGGUGUUGGACCUGGGAACCGGUCCUACGGUCAAGUACACCGUGAGGAACGUGGGUCUGUAUCUUGUCAUAGAGUCAGUCAUCGGAUUCACGGCAUUCUGGGACAGAAGAACAACAGUCCGUGUUAUUCUGCAGCCAGAGCACAUGGGAAAGGUGUGUGGCCUGUGUGGCAACUUCAAUGGAGAUGGCAAGGACGACUUCACCACUCAGAACCAGCUGCUUGUCAGCAACGUCCUGGAGUUUGCCAACAGCUGGAAAGUGUCCAGUUCCUGUCCAGAUGCGGAAGACAACUUUGACCCCUGCUUCAAAAAUCCCAACCGGCACACUUGGGCUAAGAUACAGUGCGGUAUUAUCAAAGGAGAGACCUUCAAAAACUGCCAUGCGAAGGUGGACCCUAAUCCCUACUUUGAGAACUGUGUGAAAGACUCCUGUGCCUGUGAUAAUGGUGGAGACUGUGAAUGCUUCUGCACAGCUGUGGCUGCAUACGCACAGGCCUGUAAUGAAGCGGGGGUCUGUGUGGCUUGGAGGACCCCAGAUAUAUGCCCUGUUUAUUGUGACUAUUACAAUGGCCCAGCUGAAUGCACGUGGCACUACAGUCCUUGCCACACCCCCUGCUACAAGACCUGCCUCCAUCCUGACGGAAUCUGUAGUAACCCCCUACCCAAUCUGGAAGGCUGUUACCCCGUCUGUCCUCCGGACAAGCCUAUAUUUGAUGAGGGACAGCAGAUUUGCGUUGAGGAAUGUGAAGGAUGUUUCAUUAAUGGACAUGAAUACAAACCAGGGGAGGAGGUCCCUACCGAUAUACCCUGUACUUCAUGUAUCUGUAACCAAUAUGGAAAUCUUACCUGUAACCAAAUUCCUGGUUGUUGUAUGUACAAUGGAACUGAGUAUGAAGAUCAUGAAGUUAUUUACAACGUGACAGACAGCAUGGGGAUGUGCUACUAUGCCAUCUGCAUCAAUGAGACAGUUAUUCAUAUAAAUGAGACGUGUACCACAUCACCCACACCAAGCACAACCCCCACAAUAGGACCACCUGUAGAUACAAGUAUAACGACUGUGGUGAGCUCAACAACAUCACCAGCCAGUCCUACAUCAACCGCAACAUCAGGACCCUCGACAACCCAAAAAACUACACCCUCAACUCCUCCAUGGGAUGUAACAACAGGACCAUCCAUUGGUCCUCCAACAUACACAGCAAGUCCUCAAGUGUCAAAUACAGCAACCCCUGGGACAACCCCUCCAUCUACUUCAACCACAGCAACAGGACCUCCAAUAUCAAUCACAUCAAUGUCUACCCCAAGAACAGUAACAGUGGAAACAACAUUAUCAACAGGAGCACCAAGUACAAUAGUUACCACAGCCAUCACCCAUGAACCAGAGCCAUCUACAACCACUACAACUCCUGGGACAACCCCUCCACCUACGUCAACCACAACAACAGGACUCCCACCGUCAACUACAACUCCAGUACUAACUCCAGGAUCCUCACCUACAACAGGGCAAACCACUACACCUACUUUAAUCACAACAACAGGACCUCCACCAUCAACAUCAACUACACCCCCAGCAACACCAACCACAACAAUAUGCGUUGACUUCUGUGAAUGGACUGAAUGGUUUGAUGUGGACACGCCCUCUGUGACAGAGGAUGAUGAUGAAACAUAUGACAAUAUUAGAGAAAAUGGUAACGACAUCUGUCAGAAACCAGAGGAUAUCAGAUGUAGGGCUAUAGGCUAUGACGAAUACAGCUUUGAGGACUUUGUGGAGGACACAGGUCAAGUUGUUCAAUGUAAUGUUUCAUUUGGGUUGCUCUGUGAGAAAAACAAACAGACACGUCCACCAAAAAAAUGCUUUGAUUAUGAGAUUCAAGUAUAUUGCUGCAAACCUUGCAUAACAACAACAACUGUAACAACCCCUUCAUCACCAACAUCUAUUUCAACAAUGGGAUCUACACCAUCAACUGCAACCCCAGUAGUAACUCCAGGAUCCUCACCUACAACAGGGAAAACCACUACAACCCCUCCACCUACUUCAACCACAACAACAAGACCCUCACCAUCAACUACAACUCCAGUACUUACUCCAGGAUCCUCACCUACAACAGGGCAAAUCACUACAACCCCUGGAACAACGCCUCCACCUACUUCAACCACAACAACAGGACUCCCACUGUCAACUACAACCCCAGUAGUAACUCCAGGAUCCUCACCUACAACAGGGAAAACCACAGCAACCCCUGAGACACCCCCAUCACCUACUUCAACCACAACAACAGGACCCCCACCGUCACCUACAACCCCUGGGACAACCCCUCCACCUACUUCAACCACAACAAUAGGACCCCCACCAUCACCUACAACCCCAGUAGUAACUCCAGGAUCCUCACCUACAACAGGGAAAACCACAGCAACCCCUGAGACACCCCCAUCACCUACUUCAACCACAACAACAGGACCCCCACAGUCACCUACAACCCCUGAGACACCCCGUCCACCUAUUUCAACCACAACAACAGGACCCCCACCAUCAACUACAACCCCAGUAGUAACUCCAGGAUCUUCACCUACAACAGGGAAAACCACAGCUACCCCUGGGACAACCCCUCCACCUUCAACAGGGCAAACCACAACAACCCCUGGGACAACCCCUGCACCUACUUCAACCACAACAACAGGACCCCCGCCAUCACCUACAACCCCUGAGACACCCCGUCCACCUAUUUCAACCACAACAACAGGACCCCCACCAUCAACUACAACCCCAGUAGUAACUCCAGGAUCUUCACCUACAACAGGGAAAACCACAGCUACCCCUGGGACAACCCCUCCACCUUCAACAGGGCAAACCACAACAACCCCUGGGACAACCCCUGCACCUACUUCAACCACAACAACAGGACCCCCGCCAUCACCUACAACCCCUGAGACACCCCGUCCACCUAUUUCAACCACAACAACAGGACCCCCACCAUCACCUACAACGCCAGUAGUAACUCCAGGAUCCUCACCUACAACAGGGCAAACCACAACAACCCCUGGGACAACCCCUGCACCUACUUUAACCACAACAACAGGACCCCCACAGUCACCUACAACCCCUGAGACACCCCGUCCACCUAUUUCAACCACAACAACAGGACCCCCGCCAUCACCUACAACGCCAGUAGUAACUCCAGGAUCCUCACCUACAACAGGGCAAACCACAACAACCCCUGGGACAACCCCUGCACCUUCAACAGGGCAAACCACAACAACCCCUGGGACAACCCCUGCACCUACUUCAACCACAACAACAGGACCCCCGCCAUCACCUACAACCCCUGAGACACCCCGUCCACCUAUUUCAACCACAACAACAGGACCCCCACCAUCAACUACAACCCCAGUAGUAACUCCAGGAUCUUCACCUACAACAGGGAAAACCACAGCUACCCCUGGGACAACCCCUCCACCUUCAACAGGGCAAACCACAACAACCCCUGGGACAACCCCUCCACCUACUUCGACCACAGCAACAGGACCCCCACCGUCACCUACAACCCCUGAGACACCCCGUCCACCUAUUUCAACCACAACAACAGGACCCCCGCCAUCACCUACAACGCCAGUAGUAACUCCAGGAUCCUCACCUACAACAGGGCAAACCACAACAACCCCUGGGACAACCCCUGCACCUACUUCAACCACAACAACAGGACUCCCACCAUCACCUACAACCCCUGAGACACCCCGUCCACCUAUUUCAACCACAACAACAGGACCCCCACCAUCAACUACAACCCCAGUAGUAACUCCAGGAUCUUCACCUACAACAGGGAAAACCACAGCUACCCCUGGGACAACCCCUCCACCUUCAACAGGGCAAACCACAACAACCCCUGGGACAACCCCUGCACCUACUUCAACCACAACAACAGGACCCCCGCCAUCAUCUACAACCCCUGAGACACCCCGUCCACCUAUUUCAACCACAACAACAGGACCCCCACCAUCACCUACAACGCCAGUAGUAACUCCAGGAUCCUCACCUUCAACAGGGCAAACCACAACAACCCCUGGGACAACCCCUCCACCUACUUCGACCACAGCAACAGGACCCCCACCGUCACCUACAACCCCUGAGACACCCCGUCCACCUAUUUCAACCACAACAACAGGACCCCCGCCAUCACCUACAACGCCAGUAGUAACUCCAGGAUCCUCACCUACAACAGGGCAAACCACAACAACCCCUGGGACAACCCCUGCACCUACUUCAACCACAACAACAGGACUCCCACCAUCACCUACAACCCCUGAGACACCCCGUCCACCUAUUUCAACCACAACAACAGGACCCCCACCAUCAACUACAACCCCAGUAGUAACUCCAGGAUCUUCACCUACAACAGGGAAAACCACAGCUACCCCUGGGACAACCCCUCCACCUUCAACAGGGCAAACCACAACAACCCCUGGGACAACCCCUGCACCUACUUCAACCACAACAACAGGACCCCCGCCAUCACCUACAACCCCUGAGACACCCCGUCCACCUAUUUCAACCACAACAACAGGACCCCCACCAUCACCUACAACGCCAGUAGUAACUCCAGGAUCCUCACCUACAACAGGGCAAACCACAACAACCCCUGGGACAACCCCUGCACCUACUUUAACCACAACAACAGGACCCCCACCGUCACCUACAACCCCUGAGACACCCCGUCCACCUAUUUCAACCACAACAACAGGACCCCCGCCAUCACCUACAACGCCAGUAGUAACUCCAGGAUCCUCACCUACAACAGGGCAAACCACAACAACCCCUGGGACAACCCCUGCACCUUCAACAGGGCAAACCACAACAACCCCUGGGACAACCCCUGCACCUACUUCAACCACAACAACAGGACCCCCGCCAUCACCUACAACCCCUGAGACACCCCGUCCACCUAUUUCAACCACAACAACAGGACCCCCACCAUCAACUACAACCCCAGUAGUAACUCCAGGAUCUUCACCUACAACAGGGAAAACCACAGCUACCCCUGGGACAACCCCUCCACCUUCAACAGGGCAAACCACAACAACCCCUGGGACAACCCCUCCACCUACUUCGACCACAGCAACAGGACCCCCACCGUCACCUACAACCCCUGAGACACCCCGUCCACCUAUUUCAACCACAACAACAGGACCCCCGCCAUCACCUACAACGCCAGUAGUAACUCCAGGAUCUUCACCUACAACAGGGAAAACCACAGCUACCCCUGGGACAACCCCUCCACCUUCAACAGGGCAAACCACAACAACCCCUGGGACAACCCCUGCACCUACUUCAACCACAACAACAGGACCCCCGCCAUCACCUACAACCCCUGAGACACCCCGUCCACCUAUUUCAACCACAACAACAGGACCCCCACCAUCACCUACAACGCCAGUAGUAACUCCAGGAUCCUCACCUACAACAGGGCAAACCACAACAACCCCUGGGACAACCCCUGCACCUACUUUAACCACAACAACAGGACCCCCACCGUCACCUACAACCCCUGAGACACCCCGUCCACCUAUUUCAACCACAACAACAGGACCCCCGCCAUCACCUACAACGCCAGUAGUAACUCCAGGAUCCUCACCUACAACAGGGCAAACCACAACAACCCCUGGGACAACCCCUGCACCUUCAACAGGGCAAACCACAACAACCCCUGGGACAACCCCUGCACCUACUUCAACCACAACAACAGGACCCCCGCCAUCACCUACAACCCCUGAGACACCCCGUCCACCUAUUUCAACCACAACAACAGGACCCCCACCAUCAACUACAACCCCAGUAGUAACUCCAGGAUCUUCACCUACAACAGGGAAAACCACAGCUACCCCUGGGACAACCCCUCCACCUUCAACAGGGCAAACCACAACAACCCCUGGGACAACCCCUCCACCUACUUCGACCACAGCAACAGGACCCCCACCGUCACCUACAACCCCUGAGACACCCCGUCCACCUAUUUCAACCACAACAACAGGACCCCCGCCAUCACCUACAACGCCAGUAGUAACUCCAGGAUCCUCACCUACAACAGGGCAAACCACAACAACCCCUGGGACAACCCCUGCACCUACUUCAACCACAACAACAGGACUCCCACCAUCACCUACAACCCCUGAGACACCCCGUCCACCUAUUUCAACCACAACAACAGGACCCCCACCAUCAACUACAACCCCAGUAGUAACUCCAGGAUCUUCACCUACAACAGGGAAAACCACAGCUACCCCUGGGACAACCCCUCCACCUUCAACAGGGCAAACCACAACAACCCCUGGGACAACCCCUGCACCUACUUCAACCACAACAACAGGACCCCCGCCAUCAUCUACAACCCCUGAGACACCCCGUCCACCUAUUUCAACCACAACAACAGGACCCCCACCAUCACCUACAACCCCUGAGACACCCCGUCCACCUAUUUCAACCACAACAACAGGACCCCCACCAUCAACUACAACCCCAGUAGUAACUCCAGGAUCCUCACCUUCAACAGGGCAAACCACAACAACCCCUGGGACAACCCCUCCACCUACUUCGACCACAGCAACAGGACCCCCACCGUCACCUACAACCCCUGAGACACCCCGUCCACCUAUUUCAACCACAACAACAGGACCCCCGCCAUCACCUACAACGCCAGUAGUAACUCCAGGAUCCUCACCUACAACAGGGCAAACCACAACAACCCCUGGGACAACCCCUGCACCUACUUCAACCACAACAACAGGACUCCCACCAUCACCUACAACCCCUGAGACACCCCGUCCACCUAUUUCAACCACAACAACAGGACCCCCACCAUCAACUACAACCCCAGUAGUAACUCCAGGAUCUUCACCUACAACAGGGAAAACCACAGCUACCCCUGGGACAACCCCUCCACCUUCAACAGGGCAAACCACAACAACCCCUGGGACAACCCCUGCACCUACUUCAACCACAACAACAGGACCCCCGCCAUCAUCUACAACCCCUGAGACACCCCGUCCACCUAUUUCAACCACAACAACAGGACCCCCACCAUCACCUACAACCCCUGAGACACCCCGUCCACCUAUUUCAACCACAACAACAGGACCCCCACCAUCAACUACAACCCCAGUAGUAACUCCAGGAUCCUCACCUUCAACAGGGCAAACCACAACAACCCCUGGGACAACCCCUCCACCUACUUCGACCACAGCAACAGGACCCCCACCGUCACCUACAACCCCUGAGACACCCCGUCCACCUAUUUCAACCACAACAACAGGACCCCCGCCAUCACCUACAACGCCAGUAGUAACUCCAGGAUCCUCACCUACAACAGGGCAAACCACAACAACCCCUGGGACAACCCCUGCACCUACUUCAACCACAACAACAGGACUCCCACCAUCACCUACAACCCCUGAGACACCCCGUCCACCUAUUUCAACCACAACAACAGGACCCCCACCAUCAACUACAACCCCAGUAGUAACUCCAGGAUCUUCACCUACAACAGGGAAAACCACAGCUACCCCUGGGACAACCCCUCCACCUUCAACAGGGCAAACCACAACAACCCCUGGGACAACCCCUGCACCUACUUCAACCACAACAACAGGACCCCCGCCAUCACCUACAACCCCUGAGACACCCCGUCCACCUAUUUCAACCACAACAACAGGACCCCCACCAUCACCUACAACGCCAGUAGUAACUCCAGGAUCCUCACCUACAACAGGGCAAACCACAACAACCCCUGGGACAACCCCUGCACCUACUUUAACCACAACAACAGGACCCCCACCGUCACCUACAACCCCUGAGACACCCCGUCCACCUAUUUCAACCACAACAACAGGACCCCCGCCAUCACCUACAACGGCAGUAGUAACUCCAGGAUCCUCACCUACAACAGGGCAAACCACAACAACCCCUGGGACAACCCCUGCACCUUCAACAGGGCAAACCACAACAACCCCUGGGACAACCCCUGCACCUACUUCAACCACAACAACAGGACCCCCGCCAUCACCUACAACCCCUGAGACACCCCGUCCACCUAUUUCAACCACAACAACAGGACCCCCACCAUCAACUACAACCCCAGUAGUAACUUCAGGAUCCUCACCUACAACAGGGAAAACCACAGCAACCCCUGGGACAACCCCUGCACCUACUUUAACCACAACAACAGGACCCCCACCGUCAACUACAACCCCUCCACCUACUUCAACCACAACAACAGGACUCCCACCGUCACCUACAACCCCAGUAGUAACUCCAGAAUCCUCACCUACAACAGGGAAAACCACAGCAACCCCUGAGACACCCCCAUCACCUACUUCAACCACAACAACAGGACCCCCACCGUCACCUACAACCCCUGAGACACCCCGUCCACCUAUUUCAACCACAACAACAGGACCCCCACCAUCAACUACAGUAGUAACUCCAGGAUCCUUACCUCCAACAUUGCAAACUACUAUAACUACAACUAAAACUCCACCCAUUCCAACGACAACAACGGGACGGCCACCAUCAACUCCAAUAACAAUCCCAGAAGCAACAACUCCAUGUGUCUGUAUAAUAAAUGGGAUCCAGUACAAACCUGGUGAUACCAUCUAUGAUAAUCAUCACAUUGGUUCAGGGAUCUGCCUCACAAUGAUUUGCUCCGAUAUCUGUGAGGUUCAGAACAGCACUGGACCUUGUCAAACCCCUUCCACACCCACACCCACACCCACUGUACCAGAUUGCCCUGAGUGGGACAAAGUGCAAAAUGAAACAUUUUGGAUCUGCGACUGCAUACUGGCACGCUGCAUUGAGGAUAAUAUCAUUGAGAUUAUCCCAUAUGAGUGCCCACCUCUUCAGAACAUCACCUGUGCUAAUGGGAAAAAUCCAGUGCUGGUUUGGGAUGAGAAUUUAUGCUGCCAGCAAUACGCCUGUGACUGUUACUGUGAAGGAUGGGGAGAUCCUCACUAUGUUACAUUUGAUGGGCUUUCCUACAGCCACCAAGGAAACUGCACAUAUGUUUUGAUGGAGGAAAUCCACCCAGUGUUAGACUUCAAAAUAUACGUUGACAAUGUCAAAUGUGACCCUACUGAGAACGUUUCCUGUCCACGCUCAAUCAUAAUCUCGCACAAGUCAGAUGUUAUCACACUUAAAAACAACAACCUAAUGGGCACUGCCAGAUUGGAGGCACAGAAAGAUGGCACUUCAUUGAAGCUCCCUUAUGCAAAGAACGGUGUCAGGGUGUCGUCAACUGGUCUCAAAUUGAUCUAUGAGAUCCCCAAGUUGCAAGUAGUAGUGACCUUUGGAAUAGUGGGCUUCUCAGUUAACCUUCCUUACCAGCGCUUCGGCAAUAACACGCAAGGACACUGUGGAACUUGCAACAACAACCCACAUGAUGACUGCAGGCUGCCUGACGGUCGGCUCGUUGAGAACUGUGCUAUAAUGGCUGACUUCUGGCCCGCCAAAGAUGUGUACAGACCAGACUGCCCCGUGCCCAGUGUGGUGCCCACCGGAACACCAAUCCCAUUGCCAACACUCAGACCUUGUCACGAACACUCCGCGUGUGAUCUCAUCAAGAGCAAUUUGUUUGCCGAGUGUCACCCCCACAUCUCUCCCGACCGCUUCUUCGAUGGCUGUGUGUUUGACAGCUGUCACAUGUCUAAUCUGGUUGUGGAGUGCACCAGCCUGCAUAUCUAUGCUGAUGCCUGUGCCCAGAUUGGCGUGUGCGUUAACUGGCGGAACCACACCACCUUGUGUGCCAGCGACUGCCCAGCUGACAAGAUCUACAACCCUUGUGGUUCUGUAGAACAGCCAACAUGUUAUAGCGACCCAAGUGAACCACACAUGAACACAGUAACAGAAGGUUGCUUCUGUCCUGAGGGCACCAAACUCUUCAGCAAAGAUUCCACUAUCUGUGUGGACAAAUGUGGAUGUUUGGAUGCUGAUGGCGUUGCGCGAGAGUUAAACGAGAGGUUUGAGUACAAGUGUCAGGACUGUGUGUGCGGGGAGGACACCCGGGCCAUCACAUGUAAGGUCAAGCAGUGCCCGCCACCCAGCGCCAUCCUCUGCACACAGCCAGGCUUUGCCCUGGUCAACUCAACUGACCCCGCCAACCCCUGCUGCCAACAGCUGUCCUGCCGAUGCAACAGCUCUCUGUGUCCCACCCCUAAUAAAAAGUGUGCAGUGGGCUACGAGCCAGUGCUAACGUUAACAGAGGGAGGAUGCUGCCAGGACAUUACCUGUGAUCCCAAGAAUGUCUGCGUACAUAAAGGGGCGGAAUAUAAGCCUGGAGACAGCGUGCCGAUGAUAGCCUGUCAAGAAUGCAAAUGUACUACACGAAAAGAUCCCCGUACAUCUCUUUUACAAAUCGACUGCGAGAUGGUUGAGUGUAAAACAGACUGCGAACCUGGCUAUAACUAUCAUCUUGACUAUGAGGCAUGUUGUGGGGAGUGCAUCCAGACUCACUGCUCUUUUAACGUCAGUGGAACUGCACAUCUGCUGGAGCCUGGCAGCACCUGGUCAUCUCCUGACAACAAAUGUGUGACCUACAGCUGCACUGAUGCGGGAGGCAAAUUUAUAGUCACCAAGUCAGACAUCCAGUGUCCCCCAUUCAAGGAGAGCAACUGCCAGCCAGGAACCAUUCAGACUCUCUCUAAUGGUUGCUGCCAAGUUUGCGAGCCUAAAAACACCGGCUGCCAGGUGGAGACAGUGUUGAGGACAAUCACCUACCAAGGCUGCCAGUCUCAGGAUGAAGUGAAGAUGUCCUACUGUGAGGGGUCCUGCAACGCUUUCAGCAAGUACUCUGAGCUGGAGGCCUCGAUGAAGCACACCUGCACAUGUUGCCGCGAGUCCAAGACAAGCAACCGUACUGUGACCCUCACCUGCCUGGAUGGCAGCAAGGUGCCCUACACCUAUACGCACGUGGAGCAGUGUGAGUGCAGCAACAAGCUGUGUGACGAGGGCAACACUUGGGCAGCCCGCACCCGCGGCACUGGGAGAACCACAGCGCGACGGAGGAUCAGCACCGGAGUAGAAAGCCCCAUAGUCAAGAGAAGCGUUUUGGACAGAGGGGGCUAGAGAGGGAGAGAGGAGAGAUACGUGUGCACAAUCCUGACCUUGUUCCGGCAUGGCAAUAAUCUCUGUUGAUGUUUUGUCAACCAUAUCACACCCAGUUCCUGACUCAUCUUAGACAGGAACUGAAAUUUUCUUGUCUCUUGAAAGGGCUUUGCUAGUUUAUCUUAUGUACUGAUAUAUGUCUAAAUGUCUUAGUAAUAUGCUUAUGUUCUGCUUAUUAAUUAAACUGCAAUUUAAAAAUAUA